AAUCUACUUGCUUGUAAAUAUACCACUAUUCAAACUUCUUUCUUUUCAAUCACAUCUUGUUUCCUUUUACCCUUCACUUCCACCCACCUUAGCUCUGCCUCCCUACCCUCUCCCAGUCUCCAAGCCCUUCCCAUCAUGACGACCCACACAGCAUUCUUCUACGGCACGCUCAUGGCGCCUCCCGUCCUCCACCGCGUAAUUUGGGGCUCCUCUAAACCCCCUACUCCUGCACACUCCUCCCUCCUCAAAAUCCAACCCGCAAUCCUUCACCGGCACCAACGCCACAAAGUAAAAAACGCAGACUAUCCCGCCAUUCUCCCCGCCAAUAUGACAACCGCAGUCCGAGGAACCCUGGUCACAGGCCUCACAGACGGAGACAUCUGGCGUCUCGACAUCUUCGAGGGAUUUGAGUAUAAGAGGCGGAAAGUGCGGGUACGAGUCCUGGAGCAGCAGCAGAAUUCUCAAGGCGAGGACGAGGGAGAGGUGGGUGGUAUGGGCCAUCUUUCCCAGCCGUCAGAAGCGAACGUCGAAGGCGAAGAAGUAGAAGCAGAAACCUACAUCUGGGUUGCCGGAAAACACCGUCUGGAGCCCGAAGAAUGGGAUUUCCAGGAAUUUGUAAGGGACAAGAUGGCGAGGUGGGUGGGUAGGGAGGCAGCGGAGACAGAUGAAGGGUUCCAGGAGGUCGAUGACGCGGUCACAGCGUUGGAGAAAGAAGGACAAGAUCCUACAGGAGGAAGAGGCGCAUAUGGAAGUAUUACUAGAGCGUUGGUUGAGAGCGGAAAGGCAAAGGAAGAGGUGUUGAACAGUGCUGUUUGAGGCUACAUACUAACUGGCGAUCUCAAGAUAUUGGAACGAAAGUCUCUUGGAGGUGCUGGCUCUUUCCGAGUAUCGUGCGCGGCAUUCAUACGCAGGAAGUUGGAUCAUGUUAAUAUAUAAGUAGAAAACCUGUAAGCUAUUUUGCCGUUUAGAAGAGAAGCGCUACCCAGGACAACAGCCGAAGUUUCCAUUCCUUGAUUCACAACCUAGAAACCGGUGCACAGUCUACGGCAGUAAGUCGGAGGCAACGGGUGAAAAGACUACGGCUUGGAAAUCGGCGCAAGCAGUAUCUUAGCCUCACGGCUAGGGAGAUC